UCACACAAAAUGGGCAUGUUCCGUACAGCUUUCAUGAACGUCGCCGGAGUCCACGAGGAGCCGAAGAAAGGAUCUUACGAAUGGAAAAAAGAACAUAUGACACCACAACAACUCGCAAGAACUAUGGAUAAUGCCGAGAAAUACAAUGGAAUCCCUGCAAUUCCAGUCGACAUUGGAUACCACAGCGGAAAGAACACAGGCGGUGCACAGAAGACUGGAGUGGUCUCAAAUGCUGCGAGCAAUCCAGGAGUCAUUCUUGGAAUGGGACUGACAACUGCCGCCCUUUUGGGAAUGUUCAAAUCCUCAUUUCUUGGUGACAAAGUCGGAGCUCAAAAAAUGAUGCAGUACCGUAUUAUGGCCCAAUUUUUCACUGUCACCGCUCUUGUCGCCGGAGUGACCAUUUUCGGUGCCACGUAUGAAGAUGAGGAGCACCAGAAAUGAAUAAAUUGUAUACUUUCUCUCUUUUCCAAUUUUCUUAUGAUUAGUCUCUUUUUAUUUGCUUUCAUCUCUUAUCAUCACCGACUAGAACUUUCCUUCCGUGAUUUGAGGUUUUUUUUUGGAGUUUUCCAAAAAAUGUGCUUUCAAAUAUUUUGAAGCCCGGGUUUUCCCUCGUCUCAUCUCUUUCAAUUCUUCCCUGUUGCUGAAUUAUAUUGUACGCUCCUUUCACUCUCAACAUCCACCUCUCAUUUUUUGAAUAAAUUUAUCAAAAUUCA